GCGUCGCGCGCGCCGAGCGGCGUCUGCGCGGCCGUUGGCCUUUGGCGCGGCUUCGGCGGUUGUCUAGGAGAAGCAAGAUGGCGGCGACGGCGGCCGCGGUGGUCCCGGAGGAGGACACGGAGCUGCGGGAUCUGUUGGUGCAGACGCUGGAGAACAGCGGGGUCCUGAACCGCAUCAAGGCCGAGCUCCGAGCGGCUGUGUUCCUGGCACUGGAGGAGCAGGAGAAGGUGGAGAACAAAGCUCCUUUAGUCAAUGAGAGCCUGAGAAAGUUUCUGAAUACGAAGGACGGCCGGCUCGUGGCCAGCCUGGUGGCAGAGUUUCUUCAGUUUUUCAACCUUGACUUCACCCUGGCCGUGUUCCAACCUGAAACUAGCACGUUUCAAGGUCUGGAAGGCCGAGAGAACUUAGCCCGCGAUUUAGGCAUUAUUGAGGCAGAAGGCACUGUGGGCGGGCCCUUGCUACUGGAGGUGCUUCGACGCUGCCAGCAGAGGGAGAAGGGGCCCCGCAGUGGAGAAGGUGCACUUGAUCUGUCUGACGUACAUUCUCCACCGAAGUCGCCAGAUGGAAAAUCCAAUUCCCACAGCACACCCAGUAAGAUACCAAGGUAUCAAGGACCAGGUAAGAAGAAGACAAGCAGGCGGAAGGCUGGUGACCAGAAGGCCAGCAGUGAGGCCAGUCACAGUGACACCAGUGUCUCCUCGUCAGAGCUGAAGGGCCGUGAGGACAAGGUCGGGUCUCUCCUGGGCAGCAGGCCUGCGGACGCCGGGGGCCAGGCUGGCCUCCGUCCGCACGAAGACGACGUGGAGGGGGACUCUUUCUUUGACGACCCUGUUCCUAAGCCAGAGAAAACAUACGGCUGGAGACGUGAAGCCCGGAGGCCCGGGGCAGGCCUGGCCUCGCUCUCGGACGCGCCCCCCUUGCGGAGUGGCCUCGGCCCCCUGGAGGGAGCCCCCGCCUUGAAGGACCCCGAGGGCAGAAGAGGAAGCAGCAUUUUGAAAGAUCUGAAAAUAGUCAAUGAUAAAAUCGGAUCUCUUGGAUUGGGGCCUGGAGAAGAGGACUACCUAGACGAUUUCAAUAGUACCAGCCAUCGCUCAGAGAAAAGCGAGCUGAGCAUCGGGGAGGAGAUUGAAGAGGACCUUUCCGUGGGCGGGGACGACAUCAACACCAGUGACAAACUUGAGGACCUCACCCAAGACCUGACCGUGUCUCAGCUCAGUGACGUCGCCGAUUACCUGGAGGAUGUGGCCUAGCCCCCCUGGAAGUGGCUCUGAGCAGGACCGGGUGUCCUGUGUGGCGAGUG